CCGCACUUAUUAGCAACUACCCCCUUGGCCAAUAUCCCAAUCAUCCUACCUUUUUUCUUUAUCCCUGACAUUUGGUCUCUUGUCAGCGGCAUAUAGCCAUACCUUUUAUAUUAUUAGCCUCUUGUAGCCGAGUACUUUGGCGCCGUUGGUCUCUAGUGUAGACCAGCUUCUCUUUCAUAGGCUUCAUAGUCUCGGGAAUAUCCGCAAAAUCUCACAUCCCGUAUCGAAAGAAAUUAUUUUUCUCUACAUUUUUCUUUCCAACAUCCCCCGUCAUCCUCGCCAUCUCCUCACCAACAACCGCACGUUGUCAGCACUGACGUUGCUCUUGUCCUCUACCACACUGACACAUCCGAGAUGAAGCGAGUGCGUGCAUCCAAUGUCACCACGGGCGGUGUUGCCAAGCCCGAGGCCAAGGCGUUUGACCUGAGCGGAGUGCGGCUGCCGCCUACGCAAGACCCACAGGGCAUGGCGCGCAAGGCCAUGGGCCGCAAGCACAUGUUUGGGCUGCGUGAGGCACCGACAUUUUAUCCGACCGAAGAGGAGUUUGAGGACCCGAUGGGGUUCAUCCAGAAGAUCCAGCCUGAGGCUGAGCAUUUCGGUAUCUGCAAAAUUGUGCCGCCGGCGGGGUGGAACCCGCCCUUUGCUCUGGACACCAAGAAGUUCCGGUUCCGGACCCGCGUCCAGCAGCUCAACUCGCUGGAAGGCAAGACGCGUACCAACCUGAUUUAUCUGGACCAGCUAUACAAGUUCCACUCGCAGCAAGGCCACCCGCUGACCAAGGUGCCGCAGCUUGACCACCGUCCCAUCGACAUGUUUGACCUGCGGAACGAAGUAAAUAUGCGCGGCGGAUUCCACAAGGUCAACAGCGAGAAGCGGUGGGCGGAAAUCGGGCGCGUGAUGAAGUACGACCGCAAGACAUGCACGUCAAUGUCCAACUCGCUUAAAUCCACGUACCAAAAGAUCAUUCUGCCGUUCGAGCUUUAUCUAGCCAAGCACGGCAGGCUCGCCGAGGGUACCCCUGGCACAGACUCGCUGGACAAUGACGAGCAUGAGGAUGGGUGGCGUGCGCAGCCGUCUUCGGGAAUCAGAGAAUCGUCAGCAGUAGCGAGCCGCGAAGCCACUCCAUCCAGCGUGCAUACGCCGCCGCCCCUAGCACAGGCAGAUGGUACAGGGGCCAGCUCAAAGCGCUCUAGGGAGGAGAAAGGUCCCGACUAUUGCGAGGUGUGUCGAUCGGGCGAGCACGGCGAAGUAAUGCUGAUAUGCGAUGGCUGCGAGAAGGGCUUCCACAUGGGCUGCCUGGAGCCACCUGUACACUCUGUCCCCAGCAACGACUGGUACUGCGAUGCAUGUGUGCUGACUCCCGGCGCCGACUUUGGAUUCGAAGACGGCGGCGAGUACACCCUCGAUGCAUUCAAGCGCAAGAGCGACGACUUCAAGCGCAAGUGGUUCUCAGGAGAGGUCGUACCUGUAUGGUCCACAGAUGGAAGGCCGUGUGCCCAGAGGAGGUUGUCGAAGGAGGAGUUUUGGCGGCUGGUUGCAACGCCGUACGAGGAGGUGGAGCAUGGCAGUGGAUUCCCGACCGCCGAACGCGAUCCGCUGGAACCGUAUGCGCGGCAUCCGUGGAACCUGACGAUGCUGCCGUUCCAGCCAGCAUCGCUGUUCAACCACAUCCAGCAGGACAUUUCGGGCAUGAUGACGCCGUGGAUCUACGUAGGAAUGUGCUUCAGCACAUUCUGCUGGCAUAAUGAGGACCACUAUACGUUCUCGGUCAACUACCAGCACUGGGGCGACACCAAAACCUGGUACGGCGUGCCAGGCCAGCACGCCGAGAUGUUCGAGCAGGCGAUGCGCGAUGCGGUGCCGCAGCUGUUUGAAGACCAGCCGGACCUGCUGUUCCAGCUGGUGACGAUGCUGAGUCCAGAGGUUCUUCUGAAUCGCAACGUCGAUGUGUUUACCGUCGACCAGCGCGCAGGCGAAUUUGUGGGCCUCAACUUCAACGAGGCAGUGAAUUUCGCCACGCCCGACUGGAUGCCGUACGACAUUAUGAGUGUCAAGCGGUACCAGCAGUACGCGCGCAAUCCCUGUAAUGACCGCGAGUACCUGCAGCACCAGUGGUUCCAGGAUGCAGUGGUGGAAAUGGUCAACAGAGAGCUCGAGGAUCGCAAGUUUGCCCGGGCGCUGUGGCCUGCACACAAAAUCCAAGAGAUCGAGUGGGAGCCGCACGACGAUACCGAGGCAGCAGACGAGCUCCAGCAGCAGUGUUUAAAAUGCAAGGCCUUUGCAUACCUGUCUGGUGUCGUGUGCGGCUGCAGCCUCCACUACGUCUCGUGCCCGCUGCACGCCGACAAGUCGUGCAAGUGCGAUGGGGACAAAAAGAUCCUAAAGUACCGGUACACUGACGAGGAGCUACAGGCAUUGCUGACCCAGUGCAACCAGACUGAGAGCAAAGCGCAGAUCUGGGAGAGCGAAUUCCGGCAGAGUCAUGUCGCUGUACUCUGCCGAUGCCCAUGCGGCGGCAGCAGCAGCAGCAGCGGACUGGUUGAGACGCCUACUGUGGGUGCUUCGGGCUCGGCGCAAGCCAGCGACGAUGGUCGGGCUGCCGUGCGUGAGGAAACCAAUGAGCGCGAGAGCCUGGCAGCCACCACAGUCGUUGGCCACGAGUCACAGGAUGAUGAGGCGCCCAAGGCUCUGGUUAAGCGAUCUGCAAGCGAUCUGGUGGUCAACCAUGUGCAGAUUGACCUGGAGCCCACGAUCCGUCUGGCCAGCCUCAAUGAAGCCCAGCGUCUGGUGCUUGACCGGCCCGUGCGCAUAACGCCUACCAACAGCAGCUCUGGCAAACCAGCUGCUGGAAACAAUGCCCAUAGCGGUGUGUCUGGCCGGGGCGGUCGCGGUCGUGGCCGCGGUCGUGGACGAGGCCGUGGCAGAGGUCCCCCAUCGACCGGAGCCCUAUUAUCCACAUCCACAUCUGUGGGUAACAAGGUGAUGUCGGAUCGCGUCGAGAACGAGCAAAUGCUUAUGCUAGGCCAUGAAAUCGAGCGGCUAUUUGCCGCCUAUCCCGGAAACCCCGCCGGCAGCGAUAAGGACCUGGCAAGCCGUGUGGAUUUGCGGAUCCUGGGUGACGUGCGCCAACUGGGCCGGUUUGUGCAGGCUGCCAACACAUGGUGCGCAGCCACCCAGGCCCUGAUGGCCAGCAUGGGCCAUGUUGAGCUCGUGUCCAAGAUAACGCAACGUCGUGCUGCCAACUACCAGUGGCAUCGGCGCAAGUGGGCCGAGCGCAUGGGCGGCAAGCUUGGCCGUGUCGAGCAGCGUGUCUUCAUUGCCGAGCUCAUCGAAAGGGACGAGCUAGAAGCAGCAUCAAAGCUAGAGGCUGAAGCCAAGAUGGCAGAGGCCGAGAGUGGAUCAAUGUCUCCGGUGGAGAAGCGCUACAAAACCGACAGCGAAGAAGACCGGGAGUCCAGCGAGGAGAAUAACGACGACGAGGAUGACGGAGAUUUCCGGCUCAACGCCCCGGCGCGUGGUGGACGGCGUGGGAAGCGCCGGCUGCGGUCUACAAGGGCACCAUCGGUUGGCCACCCGCGCAAAGACAGCAACGCGGCUCCCAACGGAGUCAAGCGGACGCGCAGAUCGCGGUCUGGGAUGCGUGCGAUGUCGCAUGAACUCGAAGGAAAGGUGUCGCGCCGGUCAUCGGCAGCUCUGCCGCGCGGGGUGUUCAGCAGCUCGUUGAUCGCCAAUAUGACGAGGAACGAUAUGCAGGCGGCUGUGUGCGAGGCUAUUGAUAUCGAUGAUUCUGACGGCACUUUUACGCUGGACAACCUGCAGGCACUGCUGCGGGAAGGCGACAAGCUGUUCUUCAACUCGCCUGAGCUCGAUACUCUGCUGCAGCUGGAGAAGCGGGCACUGGGUGCUGUCAGCGAGAUACAACAACUUUCCGCCACGAGCCCCGACAUGUUAAGCCACAUGGAUGGGGUGUCGCGGAGCCCCGAAGCCUAUGGCGCUGAGCCGACUAGUUGCGAGAGGCUUGACAGUGUGCGGCAGCGCAUCAGCGACAUACGGCGCGAGAUCGACCAGAUUGGCUUGGAGUUUGCUCAGGCUGACAGUUUGUGGCAGAUUGAGGGCCAGAUUAGCUGGAUCAGCGAGUGUCAGGAGCGGUUUCGCAAGCGCACACUGACCCAGUCUGCCAUGGAGGGGCUGCUGAGCGAGGCACGCAGGCUCAGCCUGGAUCCGAGCACAGUGGCGCUGUAUGCAAGGCUGUGCGACGUCCAGCGGUCAGCUGUGGAGUGGGAGGAGGAUGCCCAGCGUAUUAUCGACUCAGACUCACUGCUGGAUCUGCGCGACAUGGGUGUGCUACUGGAGAAGGGCCGCAACCUCGAGUUCUUGCCGCCCAGCUACGAGCAGCUGCGCAAGCUGCAGCAGCAAGCCCUGGAUAUCCAGGCGCGUGCUGACCGGCUGGUUGAGCGUAUGGGCGCUGACAACAUUACAUUCCGGCCAGAGUAUGCCGAUAUGGUGCAGUUUAUCGAGUCGUACACCCAGUUUGCGCGGUUCCGGCCCAGCUCCGGCGAUAGGCUUGAGAGUGAGCUGGACCGCGCCAAUGAGUGGUGGUUGCGCAUGCAGAACGCGUUUGCCAACCCCAGCAGCGAGGAGUCGGCGUCGGAUCGUGUGCGUGUGCUGACAGAUGCAUUCCGCCGUGCUGCCGAUGUUGUCGAGGGCAAGCAGCGGAUGCAGGACUGCGUGUGUCUGUGGCCCAUUUCGGAUACCACGGCUCACAAGUGUGUGCGGUGCGGUGAGACGUACCACGAUGCCUGUUUGAUGCAGGGAGAUUUGCGGAAUCUGGCUGUGUGGGGCACUGGCCAGUCGUACGUUUGUCCACUGUGCUCGCACCGCCUGCAGCCACAGACAUGGGAGCGCCAUUUCCCAUCGCUACACCGUAUCAACCGCUUUAUCGAGCGUGCACGAGGGUUGUCUAUUGUCAUGGAGGAUCUGGACCCGCUGGUUGGUAUUGUCCUGCAUGCGAGAACGCUGGUCCGUAUUAUCGGCAAAGACUUGGCGAACGCCGAUGCGAUCGCACCUGGGGACGGCUCGCAUAA